AUGCUGUUUUCAUCAUGUGGAUUCACUAGAGAAAUGACCCCUUUUGAUCAGCCAAGUAAAAUCAAAAACUUGUUUAUUUGCUGCCUGUGGCACUCACGGCUGCUGAGGCUCUGGACUUGCAGGCGCCCGAGGACAAGGAGGAAUCUGCUCGUGGGCACUGCCUGUGUGAUCUACCUGGGAUUCCUUGUCAGCCAAGUGGGUCACGUUUUACCGCAGCACAAAGGAGGACAUCAAAAGAUCAGUUCCAGGAGUCUCCAAGAUGCAGCUCAAACUCCUUUUCUGGGCAUCCCACUGGAUGGCACCCUGUCACCACCCAAUUUCCAGGAACCCCAGCUUGGUAGCAAUGGGACCUUGCUGCCACCCAAUGUAGUUUAUAUCACCCUGCGGUCCAAGCGCAGCAAGCCCGCGAACAUCAGAGGCACCGUGAAGCCAAAACGCAGGAAGAAAAAUGCAAUCCCUUUGUCCUAUGGGCAGCACUUUCCAAAAGCCACUUUUAUGGGCUGGGAAGAGGCCUUUGCCCAACAGCCAGGGCGGGCCACACGUGCCACUGGCACCAAGGGAGCAGCGAUCCCUCUGGAGGCAAGAAAGUACCAACUGGAUGAACACGGGCAUAAAGGAAUGGCUAUCAGGGAGAGAGGUCACCAGAGACCUGGGAGGAUUUCUGGAGCUGUAAAGGCACAGCUCCAGCCUGAGGAAAGCAAUAUCAGGAUUUAUAGUGAGAGCCCUCCCUCAUGGAUGAGCAAAGAUGACAUCCUAAACAUGCGCAUGCUGGCAGACUCUCCCAUAGAGAGCAUUCAAGAAGUUCCUUCACAAAAAGCAGUCCUGGCAGUAUUUGCAAGAGGUCCCAGCACUACAGGAACUGCUUGUAAUCAGGGACACUGUGGAAUUGUCAAAAGACCUCUGGACAUGAGUGAGGUAUUUGCCUUUCAUUUGGACAGGAUCUUGGGGCUAAACAGGAGCUUACCUUCUGUAAGCAGGAGAUCAGAGUUCUUCCAAGGUGGUCAGGCCUGUCCUGUUAUUCUCUGGGAUUCCUCACUGAGUCCAACAGAUAAUAGUACCCAUUCUUCAGUGAGGUUAACCUGGGGACAAUAUCAGCAGCUAUUGAAGAAGAAAUGCUGGCAGAAUGGUAAAGUUCCCAAAGCUGAGUGGGGCUGUACUGAAAUUCAUCAUCAUGAAUGGUCCAAGAUGGCACUCUUUGAUUUUCUGUUGCAGAUCUAUAAUCGACUAGACAGAAAUUGUUGUGGAUUCAAACCUCUCAAGGAGGAUUCCUGUAUGCAGCAAGGACUGAAGCUGAAAUGCAAUGAUCAGGAUGCUGUUGACCUGACACACAUCGUUCAGAGAAGGCAUGACCAAAGGCACUUGGCCUUCAUAGACAAUAAGGGUUUCUUUGACAGAAAUGAGGACAAUCUUGACUUCAAAAUACUACAAGGAAUCAAUGAAUUCCCUGCAUCUGCAGUUUCAGUGCUGAGGAGCCAGCGUUUACGUGAGAAGUUGCUCCAGUCUUUGUUCCUUGACAAAAUAUACUGGGAGAGCCAAGGAGGCAGAAAAGGAAUUGAAAAGCUUAUUGAUGUAAUAGAAAGGAGGUCCAAAAUUCUUCUUACUUAUAUAAAUGCACAUGGAGCCAAAGUAUUGCCCAUGAAUGAAUGA